AUGGAUGUAGAGCAGCGAGGAGACGCCGACGAAGCUCAAGGCGAGCUCGAUGAUCUGAAAGUGCAAACGCCAAAAGAGACAAAAGAUCUGAAAGUGUUAAUAGAUGAGAAGCAUGAACGGAUGUUGGCGGAUCUUCAGAAAGAAGAAUGGUAUCAUGGCUGCUUACCAUAUGAAGAUAUAGUCGGAUUGUUAAAGAAUGGCGGGGAUUUUCUAUUAAGAGAGCUCGAACCAGAAGGCGACAGAAUGGCGAUGCCAUGUGUUACUGUCAAAUCGUCGAAGAUACUUGAUUAUCCGGUGCAUUGCCUGAACAUUGCGAGCGAUCGCAUUUACACCAUAGAUGGAACUAAUAAGAACAAGGAUGUCAUGGAUCUAGUGAAGUAUCACCACGCCACAGGGACGCCUGUGGAUGAACAUGUAAAGCUAAUAAAUCCCGUACCCAAGCAACCUUGGGAACUUACAAGCGAUAAGAUUACUUUGGUCUCCAAGAUCGGCGCCGGCGCAUUUGGCGAGGUUUGGCAGGGUUGGUUAGUGACAGCCACUGGCAAACCGCCAGUUGAUGUAGCCAUCAAGGUGACUAAGGUCAGCGACGAAAACAAAGCAAAAAUGGAUGAGAUGCAUAAGGAAGCUCGUCUGAUGCGACAGUAUAAACAUAGAAAUAUCGUUACCUUCUAUGGAAUCGUUGUAAAGAGCCUUGACAGUGUAAUGAUCGUCAUGGAAAUGAUCCAGGGUGGAGGUUUGGAUCACCACCUUCAAAAUAAUCCGAAUAUCGAUAACAAAGAUAAAAUCGGAUAUGCCAUAGAUGUUGCUCUUGGUCUUGUUUAUCUUCACUCCAAAGGAUGCAUGCACAGGGACAUAGCCUGUCGAAACUGUCUUAUUGACUUGAAAAAGAAUGUGGUGAAGAUCUCUGAUUUUGGUUUAUCGAAACAAGCCGAAUCGUACUCGAUUAGACCUGAUGAGAAACUUCCAAUAAGAUGGCAAGCACCGGAGGUGAUUACGACGAGGAUAUACACGAUGAAAUGCGAUGUCUACUCAUAUGCUAUUUUCCUUUGGGAAGUAUUCAACAAUGGUCAAAAGCCUUUUGCAGGGAUGGAUAACAAAACAGUUAGAGAGAAUGUUUCUAAUCCGAAAUUCCGUCCAGUGAUCGAUCCGACCUGGCCUGUAGUUGUACUGAGAGUUAUGAGAACCUGUUGGAGGGGCGAUCCGAAAAGGCGUCCACAGAUGGCACAAGUGGCCCGAUUUCUGAUUCACGCCGAUCCAGAAUCGUUAAAACCAGCACAAUCAGUGAAGAUGGUUGCAGAUAGAAAGAAGGCGACCUUAAGAGCUUUGUCGUCAUUGAAGCAAAAAAGCAAAAUUGACCGUGAGCAACUUUGUUCCGACAAGCAGGGUUCUUUACGCCGUCCUCGAUCCAAAACAAAGGGACGAAAAGUAAAGUCACAACGUUGA